CACCUUCGGAGGGCGCACGCACUUUUACGCACUUGUAUUCCCCCAUUUUAAAAGCGAAACUUUAGUAAUAAUUGGGGGUUCGGGAGUUUAUGGAUCUUCUGAAGAUCAAGGAGAUGCUGCUGGUUGUGCUCUCCUUUGUGCGCUCUCCCUUUUUGUGAAUGGAGAUGGGUCGUGCGUAAAAAGCGGACGUCCCUUUUGUUGCCAUCUGUUUGCAGGUGGACAUCUACUAUGACAUUGGGCUCGGAGAUUAUGGAGGAUCUUGUUAUCGACGUGGUGGGAGAAGGGCUGAGAGAGAACGGAGGGGAGCAGCUGGAGCCGGAGCGCACCGUGGAUGCGCUGACACCUCACGGGGAGGAGCGGGACUCGGACUCGUGCAGCCCUCCGCAAGAGAAAGGUCCCGCGUCGGUGAAGCCUCCCUAUUCGUACAUCGCCCUCAUCACCAUGGCCAUCUUGCAGAGUCCGAAAAAGCGCCUCACUCUCAGCGAGAUCUGCGAUUUUAUCAGCCACCGCUUCGUCUACUACCGCGAGAAGUUCCCCGCUUGGCAGAACUCAAUCAGGCACAACCUGUCUCUCAACGAUUGCUUUAUAAAGAUGCCCAGAGAGCCUGGGAACCCCGGGAAGGGCAACUACUGGACCCUCGAUCCCAACUCCUCUGACAUGUUUGAGAACGGCAGUUUUUUGCGCAGGAGGAAGCGCUUCAAGCGGCAACAUUUCCGAUACAAGGAGCACCAUCACGCGGAGCCCGGUGCACUGCACGCAUUCCCGCAUGGACACUUCGGGUUGGGGGCACCCGCACUCCAGCUACCCACUCUGGAUAUUUACCCCUAUAUGCAUCAACAUCAGCAUCAUCAUCAGCAUCAUCAUCACGCACCCAUCCCACCUGUCAGCAGCAUCCUGCCGGCUCUUUCCAGCUUCUUCUCCCGGAGCGCCAUCACAGCCAAAGCCUUCCUCCAGUCGCAGCCGGCCAUCGAAGCCUUCUCGGCGGCUCACUGCGCCGCCUACUCCGCCCCUAUGGCUCCCGGAACAGCUUUCACGUCCCCGGCGCUUUUCCACCCGGCGGUGUCCUCACCUCACCUGCAGGUCACCUUGCAGCAGGAGUAUCACAAGUUACACACUCGGCGUGGAACUUGUGAGCUGGCAGCUAAACACGGCGGUGAUGACAAUGAAUAAACUAUGUUGGGUGCAUGCGCAGGACUUUGAAUUUUCUCAGGUAACAAAGACAAUUUUGGCAAUCCGUAAAAAUGUUGUUUUAUUUUUUUAUACUUGAACAUCUAUACCCUUUCUUCUUCUUCUUUUUUUUUUAU